GCUCGACAAGAUAUAUCCAACGAUGUUUCCAACACCAAUCAUCAUCCUUCUGAUAGUUGCCGCAGGUCCAGCAUUAUCUAAAAUUGAACCUCCGUUGGGAUGCGUUCAUAUCGAAAACAUCGCAUACAGACGAUUUCUGUUUGCUGGUCAGUAUCAAAGUGGAUACGAUAGGAACGUCAACUUCGAUAACUGGGAGCGAGUGGUAGACAAGGAAUGGGUCCUGGAGAGGAGCGGUAAGGAAUAUCGAAUUUACACCGUGAAGUAUCAAAUCGCUCCGAUGUAUCUACUCGUGAACAGAGCUACGCAGGUCGAUAACAAUCGACGACAAGUGCAUUUAUCAGCAUUCGUCAACAGCACCCGUGAGAUGUCGUGGAAGAUCGAAGAUCAAAAGAACGGUUACUUCGCUAUCCAGAACAAAGAUCUGAAAGAAUACCUCUACGCAGGCGAACAAAAGUAUGAUAUCCCUUAUGGUUGUCUUCGUCCCUAUGAAAACUGGAAAACAAACAGCUCCAUUUGCCGCUCCGUGGGACAGGUCUUCACGUGGAAGGGCACCAACCCGAAGAAACUGGGACACGAAUUCCAGUGGAAAAUUCACAGCUGUUGACCCAAAUCCGGUGGUACACCGCAAGCCAAAUGUCAUCUGGCGAUGAUCGAUCAUAAAGGAAUAAUUAAAUUUCGCUAAUUAUUUCGUCAUAUUAUGGAAACGCGAAACCACUACACGUAUUGACUUUCGUUAACGCUCUUUCACCUUCUGCUGGUGCAUGUGAAGUAAUCAAUAAUGGGAAAUUAUAUUAAACCUGCUCGGACAAAAACGAAUGCCCACGUGGCCUUUGCCUGCGAUCAAAUAAGGUUCCUGUUCUGUUGGAAAAAUGUUUAAUUAAAA